AUGUUAUGUCAUGUAGAUGUUGAAUUUAUUAGAUAUUGCCGUUAUAUUGAUAUUCUUAAUUUCAGAAAUCCUUACAAAAUCGAAAUAGAUAACUUUUACGACCUGAAGAGAUGUAUUUUAGAGUAUGAAAAUCAAAAUAAUUAAAAUAGUUUCUAUAAGAAUCUACAAACUGUGGAAAUUUAUAUCGCUUAUGAAGAUUUUGUAAAUAAAUCUGAUUUAAUAAAUUGUUUACUAUGUGCUUUUGGAAGAUCAGAAAUUAAUUCAUCAGCCUAUAAAAGAAAGAAUUUAGGUUAAUAAAACAGCUAUUAAAAAAUAAGAAUUUUAAAUUAAAUCCGUUCAGACAGCUUUGAAAUAGGUCUCUAAAAUUGUAAAAUUCUACCAUAAAUAGUAUAGCUAGAAGCUUAUUUAACAAAUAUUAAGUAAUAGUAAUUAGCUAAAUGUCUUUUAUAAAAAAAUUGCAUUUUAUGGCUAACAAAUUUAGAUAUUGAUUUAGGUCAAAAUAUGUCAGUAAUAUGGAGACAUAACUAAUAUGUACAAUAAAUUUUAACUACACAAAUGCAGAUUAUAGCUUAUAAUCAAAAUGUUUCAAUCGAAUAAACAUUUAACCCUUAAAUAAUAUUCUACGAUAUUUUUGUAUGA